AUGUCAGAUUGGUGGUUAAAUGCUUGCUUUGAUGCUUACGACAAGGCCAGGCAGACGAUAGAGGAAGUAGGAGUAAGUGCAGCGGAGUCCGCUAGUUAUGUUUAUGCAUUUACGAAAGAUGCAUGGAAGGAGAUCGCUAUUAAGGGGAAUAAAGGAAAUGGAGAAGGGGUAAUGGAUGUAGACAGAGUCAUCAGAGAAUUGAGUGGAACGGCGGCUCCGGAUGCAUUUGAGAGGUAUCAUGGUUUCGUGUUUGAGAAGGUUGUUGGUAUUUCUCAAAAUCGGGUUGUUAGAUUUGGGCUUGGGGUCACAGCUUUGGGGGUUUUAUUAUUUGCUGUGAAUAAGUUUGUUAUCCCCGAGUUAGGUACGCACAUCGAGAAUGAUAGAGAAGUGGUACUUGUAGUUGGAGAGAUGUCAGACCCUAUUACGAGAUCUUUGGUUUACGAUUUAUAUAGACGGGGAUUUAUUGUGUUUAUUUGUACUACCAAGCAGAAUAAGCACCAAGGUUUAGAGGAGGAGGAGUAUGAAAAAGUUCCUUCUCCAUGGGAUAAAGAAGAUGGAUUGUUCCAUAUAACUUCUUCUACAGAAUGCCUAUCGCAAUUUAUGGAAUUUUUGCAGCAGGAAAACAAGCAUUUAAGGGGUAUUCUUGUGGUUCCUAAUGUAUGUUUUUAUACAUCUGGUAUAUUUACUAACAUAACCUCGGCCCAAUUGAGCGAUGAGUUUGGUGUUAACUUUGUCAAUAUUUGGAGGGUUAUAACCAACCUGUUACCCCAGUUCAAUAAUGCUUACAGAGACAAGCUGCAGGUUAUUAUAUUUAAUCCCUCGUUGUCGAAAAAUUUGAAUAUUCAAUACCACUCCUUAGAAUUCCUUAUUUCUUCAAUGAUGGAAACUUUGUAUAAUGUCAUGAAGAAUGAGUGUGGGCAUCUUGCGGAUGUCUACCAGUGUCAUUUGGGUAUUUUGAAUGUGGCAGGCAAUGCAUCGAAUUAUAAAUAUUUGACAAUUAACGGUGAACAUAUAACUACUUCAUUAUGCGAACCGAUCUAUGAGUUGUUGAUAUCAAAAGGUCAUAUCUGGUUCCGUUUUAAGAGGUGGGUUCUAGGCAGUGUGUUGUACUGUGGGAAAGGAUCCCGGAUAGCGUGUUGGUUUAAAAAUUUAGCUCCCGUCUGGUUAUUGGAACUCCUUUGA